AGCUCUGCAGUUUGGCGUACAAGGUGACUGCCAUCGUGAUCCAGUUGUCUGUGCUCCCUCAUUGAGGUCGAAAUAUAGCAUUCAAACGUUCACUCCUCCAUCGAUCGACCACGAUGGAGUCGCUGCAAAGGAUGCCAUUGUCCCACAACCCGCGCGUCACAGUGCAUGAUCUACCGAUCGAAGUUCUGACUGAGAUUUUCUCGUCCGCUGUCUCACCCACAUCGCCCAUGCACAUGUCGGGGGUAAUCCACGUCUCACAAGAUAUCAUUACAUUGGCCCGCGUGUGUUCGUACUGGCGAAUAGUGGCCGACCAGGAUGCACGCCUGUGGACGACGAUAGUCAUUCGCGGGACGACGACCGCUGAGAAGUUGCGCCUAUCGGAGUGCCUACGACGCUCACGCACAUGCCCCAUCAAUGUCAUUGUUGCUCCCUUGCAUAUCCUGGCCGACGACUAUCGUGGCUGCAUAACGGGGCUUCAGCCCCACAUGCAUCGUAUCGUACAACUGUUUAUCAAGAUGAACAACAGUUGGGUUAUGGAGGAGGUCAUCAAUUGUCUCACAACCGCCGCGCCUCAACUCCGAGAGCUCACUUUGGGCAUCAUUCAGCCUGAGCUGGAUGUCGACGCACUGGCCACUCCCUUCGACUCUUCAGCACCAGCUCUCCGAACCAUCGAUUCCCGACGAUGGUCUGCGCUCUUUGGCGGACACACUCCCGCGCUGCGUACGUUCUGCCUGUCCUCCGUGUGCGAUGUUUUGUCUAUUCUCGAGGACCCUCCCUCCGGAAUGACCGCUCUGCACACGCUCGUUCUGCACGGAACCCUGAGACGCGCAUCGUACGCAACCCAGGUCAGAUCUAGAAUGUCGCACGGUAGCUGGCACGGCUUCCUUGCACGCGUGCGGAACCUGCGCACGCUGCGCCUCGUCGAGUUCACCGCACAGAAUGUCCAGGAGUGCGUAACCGCGCUCAGCCGCUCGCUCGAAGGAGAGCCCGGGCCCUCCCUCACGCGCCUGGAGAUCGUCCGCCCUGGCGGGGGAUUCGACAAGCCGUUGAGGGAUGCAGUGGAAAUGGCGGUGCGGAGUGUGAGCGGACGUGGUAAACUGGAGACACUGGUCGUGGUCCCGGGCGAAGAAGAGUCGAGCUCGGCGGCGGAUUGGGAGGGUUUGAGGGAGUUUUGCACUGUGAAGAUAGGUGAAGAUGAUGGUGCGUGAAGAAUGAUGUGCCUCUUGCUGUCCUAGAGUCUGUCGAAUUGGCCUUUCCCGAGUCGGGACCUCAGCUGCGUUUGUCGUAUUGGCUGUCAAUAUCUUGUAUAUUUUCUUGGGUACCAGGGAACAGAACACGAACCUAUUAUGUAAA